AUGACAAAUCUUAGAGAGCACUGUUGGGAGAAGAACGACAACUUGCAUGUAAAGCUCAAGUCUACUGAGGCAUCUGAUUUCAUCGGAGCUUAUGACAUAGCGAUGGGCUCAAUGAUCAAAGACCUUCCACUUGGUCUGAAUCGACGAGGGACCCGAUCAUUCCACAAAUGUUUCGAAAUUGGAGAUAGCUUCGAUGAUUUGAGCACCAACGAUGUGUCGAAAUGA